AAUAAUAAAAGCAAACAUAUAUUGCUGGGAGAUUUUGACAUUUUGUGUUAAUUUAGGCAUUAAUAAACAGUUUCAGUGGAGCAUGGUGCAUGGUGGAACAGAAGUAGCACUGCCUGUGAAAGGACCUCCAACCACAAAUGUAUAUAUGUCUAGACAAACUGUUAGAAACUGACUCCAUUGAGUUGUGUGAGGUCCCAAAGUACACAGAUGGGGGUUGUGCUCACAGGACAACAAUGCGCAAGACACUUAGCAUUUGCCAGAGGACACCAAGAAUGGCAAAUUACCCACUUGCAAUCUGUGCUCUUCAUAGAUGAAAGGAGGUUCAAACCUUGCAUGUGACAGGCCGGAGACACUGUGGAGAGCGAUCUGCUGCCUGAAACAUCCUUUAGCAUAACUGGGGAGGGGGCUGCCACUUUGCCAGACAACAGUGAAGCAUGGCUGGUCUUUUAUAACCUGUGAUUUUGAUGUCAGAGCUUCAGUUCAUGCUGUGAGAUGUAGUUCCAAUCUGUUUAUAUGUAGUUAGAUCAACACAAGGAUGAUUAAAGUGAAUUGUCAUUUCUUUAACCUACAAUAGAACAUCUUUCUGUUGUUUGUCUUUCUAGACCACCUGCAGGAUUAUGUUGGAAAUGAGGAGGCUUUCUCUGAUCAGCAGCUCUGUAAACAGGAGAGAGAUUCCAGUUUGGACCAAGAGGAACCAGAACCUCUGCAGAUAAAAGAUGAGCAGCAAACGGCAGAACAUCCCUGGACAAAAGAGGAAACCAUUGAGCUGCCAAUAAGUGAACUUGAAGAGCACCCUGUUCUGAAGCAGGAGACUGGUGAUACAGGAGAGGCACUUUUCCCAUAUUUGACAGAUGGAGAAAACUCUCUAAAAAAAGAACAUUUAAUGGUUCACAUGAAAACUUACACAGGUCAGAAGAAUUAUGAAUGUCUGUCCUACAGAAUGAGCUUCCCCUUUGAAUCUUCUCAUAAACGCAUCAGAAUACACAAAGGUGAGAAGCCAUUUUCAUGUACUAUAUGUGGCAAAAGCUUUACUCUUAAAAGUCUUUUGCUUUCUCACAACAGAAUCCACACAGGCGAAAAACCAUUUUCUUGUAAGACCUGUGGAAAAAGCUUCACUAAAAAAUCUAAUCUUAAUAAACAUAUCAGAAUUCACAAAGGUGAGAAGCCUUUCCUCUGUAAGAUUUGUAGAAAAAGUUUUACUGUAAAACGUAGUUUGAUUAGACACAUUAGAACUCAUACAGGUGAGAAGCCUUUCAAAUGCCUGUCUUGUGGAAAGAGCUUCACCUUUAAGUCUGUUCUUGAUAAACACAACAGAAUUCACACAGGGGAGAAGCCUUUCCCAUGUACAAUUUGUGGCAAAAGUUUUGUUGUAAAAAGUAAUUUGACUUCUCACAUGAGAACUCACUCUGGUGAAAAGCCUUUUGAAUGCCGGUCCUGUGGAAACAGUUUCACUCAGAAAUCUCAUCUUGAUAGACACAUUAGAAUUCACACAGGUGAGAAACCAUUCUCCUGUACGAUUUGUGGCAAAAGUUUUACUAGAAAAAGUAAUUUAAUUAGUCAUAUUACGACUCAUGUGAGAAACAUUUUUCAUCCAUGAAAAGUGAAACUAUCUCUAAAGAGAAAUUUAGCCUUUUAUUACCGUAUUUUCACGACCAUAAGGCGCACCGUACUAAAAGGCGCAGUCUCAGUUAUGUGUGCCAUUUCUGUAUUUAACACACACAUAAGGUGCACUGGAUUAUGGGGCGCAUUUUUU